AUUGCGCACCAUAUCCUAGCUGUCAGACUCACCUCUCAGCUCCUUCCCACCAGCCAUGAUUCUGAUCAGACAACUACGUCUCUUUUCCCGCCAAAUGACAUUGCCAGGGCGAGUACCUGCACACCAUCUAAAUCUAACUUUGCUUUGCCACAAAAUGGGCCCUGUGGCUUUGAGCCUAGCAUUUUAUCAGAAAUCCACUUUAGCCUGGGCUUUCAUCGCGAUGACCCUAUUUGGCCACAUCUGGAGACAACAACUAGGCGCAUUAAUACUGAAGGCUGCUAUACCCCCAGCACCCAACGUAGCAAUUGCCCAAUUAAGAACGGUUUACUCGAAAAUGGCAAAGAUUUGAGCCCCGACAUGAAUUUGAAUUUAGCUCAGGCUCAUUUGGAUGCCCACCUAGCUGUUGGGCAACCCCUUCCAAACUGCCUGCACUGCUUGCCAGGCUGUCCUGAAAAUCGACCUUUGGAACUAGUCAAUCCUCCACCAGCGCACUAUUGGUUUCCGCAUCGCGUCUGGAAAGUAAGACUAAUAGGGGAGAGUGUGGACGAUUGUGGUGGCGGAUUCAGUGAGUGCAUCGCUGAGAUGUGCGAUGAGUUGCAGCAACCACAUCUGACUGGUUUGCCAAUCCUUGUGCCUGCUGGGCAAGUGGCGGGAAUAGGGCCACUUUAA